ACGGGACGGGUGGGAGGGGCGGGAGGAGCGCGGCCGGCGGUGAGCGGAACCGGCACCGGAACCGGCACCGGGACCGGGGGACCGAGGCCGGGACUGGCACUAGCAUAGCGACCGGAGAGGGGCCGCGCGGGAGCCCCCGGUCCGCCCUCGACGCGCCCGGCGAUGGGGCCGGCCGGGCCCCGCUGCCCCCCGGUGCCCACCGGAGCUGCCGCCGCCCCCCGCCGCUGGCGGGGCUGAGGGCCCGCCGCGCCCGGCCCGGCCAUGGCUGCGUGCGGCUGUAAGGCGCUGCUGGCCGCGGCCAGGGCCAGUUUCAGAGGCUCCCGUCUCCUGGCGCACUGCAGCCCUCUGUGCUCCCCAGCCGUUGCUCUUGUCCAGCUGGUGGAUCCCCAGCUCCCCUGGGCCUGCAGGGACUCCAAGAGCCAGCCCUGGCCACGCCGUGCCUGCCUGGGCACUGCCCUGCCUCGCUCAGCUGCCCGCACCCUGCACACCUCCUGCAGCCCCCGGCAGCAGCUGCCAGGGGAAUCCCUGCCCCACGGAAAGCCCAGGAACCAGGGAGACAAACCUGCUAAAAGCCCGGCCAAGCAGGUCCCGGUGGCUCCUGCGGGAAGGAAAUCCUUGCGACAGAGAGCCGUGGAUGAGCUGAAGCAUUACUACAAUGGAUUCCACUUGCUCUGGAUUGACACCAAGGUGGCUGCCAGGAUGGUGUGGAGGCUGCUCCACGGGCAGGUGCUCACCAGGAGGGAGAGGAGAAGGCUGCUGAGAACUUGUGCAGAUCUCUUCCGGCUGGUUCCCUUCCUGGUGUUUGUCAUCGUCCCCUUCAUGGAGUUUCUGUUACCUGUGUUCCUGAAGCUCUUCCCUGACAUGCUGCCCUCGACGUUUGAGACGGAGUCAAAAAAGGAAGAGAAGCUGAAGAAGAAGUUGAAUGCAAGGCUGGAGUUAGCCAAGUUCCUGCGGGAGACCAUUGCAGAGAUGGCCAAAAGGAACAAGGCAGACACAGCCCAAGGGAAACAAUUCUCCUUUUACCUGCACGAGCGCCGUCCCAGCGGCCAGCAGCCCAGCACGCAGGAGGUCGUGCACUUCUCCAAGCUCUUUGAGGACGAGCUGACCCUGGAGCACCUGGAGAGGCCGCAGCUGGUGGCCCUGUGCAAGCUGCUGGAGCUGCAGCCCCUGGGCACCAACAACCUGCUGCGCUUCCAGCUGCUGAUGCGGCUGCGCAGCAUCAAGGCCGACGACGAGAUGAUUGCCAAGGAAGGGGUCAGUGGCCUGAGCGUGCCGGAGCUGCAGAGCGCCUGCAGGGCCAGAGGGAUGCGGUCACUGGGGCUCUCUGAGGAGCAGCUGAAGGAGCAGCUGGGGCAGUGGCUGGAUCUGCAUUUAAAGGAGAACAUUCCUUCUUCUCUCCUCCUGCUUUCCCGUGCCUUGUACUUAAUAGACCUAAAGCCACAAUCUGUUCCCAUUCCACAGAGCAAGACAGCUGAAGCUGCUGGAGUGAUGACAUCUGUGCUUGAAGGUCAGGAGACCCUCCUGGAUCCCGCCCCUGUUGUACAGGGAAGAAAGAAUGAAGAAUUUGUGUCCCAGCCAACAGAGAAAUUGCCAUUCUCUGAAGCAUCAGUGAAGCCUCCCCCUCGAGAGACCAAAAUGGAAGCAUCCCAGAGCAGCAAGGCUGGUGCCAAUGGAGCCUAACCUGGAGCCAGCACUGGGGGGAAGCAGCUUCCAUCUCCACACCUCCUGCAGAGGGAGCAGGGAUUUCCCAGGAGGCUGCUCUACAUGAGGAGGCAGUAGCCCUCAGGAGCCUCUCUCUCUGUCCCAAGCUUGUUAGCAACUAGGCCACUGCUGUCUGGAUGGCCCCAGACAUCUCUUUUGUGCUGGAUCCUUGCCCUGCUACUUUUAACUUAUGGUGUAAAUAUGUUAAUAAUGGUGCUGCUGUCUGUGCUGUUCCUCAGCAGGUGUUUGUGCUUAGCAAAGGCAGCUUUUCGUGUUAGAAUGGCCUGUGCACAGAACAAGCUGGGCUGGAGUCCAGCAAAGCCCGUUCUGCAGUGUGAAAUCCUCUGCAGGAACAUCCCCACACACCCAGGGCCAGCAGCUUGUCCUGAGGGUCACAGCUCAGGCUCUUGGUCCUUUUUAGGGUGUUUUAGUGACCCACGUGG